CUCGACACUUUAAAAAUGAUACAUAAUAUAUUAUAUAACUGAGAAAUCAUUUUUGUUACAUUAUUACCACAGUAAUUAGCCUGUUGAGUUGAACACAAAUAACGCUGUGAAGAUGGCCGCAAGGGUACUGCAAGGACCGGAAUUCAGACAUCCAGUGGACAAAGAUACUUUAGGUCAGUUCUUCUUCAACAAUGCGCAAAAAUAUUCAGAUAGGGUUUGUCAAGUCGACGGUAGUACCGACCAAAGCGAAACCUACGCUAGCGUGAAGGUCAGAAGUAUCAGAGUAGCACUCGCUUUACAAAAAAAAAGGAUCACUUCCGCCGAUGUUGUGAUUCUUUGCUCAGCAAACACAUUAGAUAACACGAUUCCGCUGUUGGCUGCUAGUUAUUUAGGUGCCAAAGUAGCAAAUUUGGAACCUUCGCUGUCAGUCAGACACACCCAACAUCUGCUGGCUUUGGUUACUCCAAAACUAAUUUUUGUAGAAGAGGCGGCGGUUGGGUUGAUCGAAGAGAGUCUAAUUAGUUCUAGUUUUGAUACAGAAAUUGUAGUUUUUGGUCAAUCUGAAAAGUAUGUGAGAUUUUCUGAUUUGGUAGUACCGCAAGAAGGCGAAGAGGAGUUCCGUCCGGUGGAAGUUGAUGUUGAAGAUGUGGCGCUUAUGCUUUUCAGUAGUGGUACCACAGGUUUACCCAAGGCUAUAUGUCACUCACAUAGGUCGUUUUUGUGGGCCACCCUACAAACCUACCAAGGGGGAGUUCGAAAUUCUGUUUUUCACUUCACUUCUUUCUACUGGAUGACGGCAUGGAUGAUGAUCACCUGCUGCUUCAAAUCUGGAAGCUGUAGAGUCUUUACACGAGGUUUCGAUACCGAAAAUGUUUUCCGAAUAAUCGAAAAGUACAAGAUUCCAUACCUAUUUACGGCACCUGUUUUAACUUAUAAACUCACAAGUUUUAAAGAUGCCAGUAAGUACGACACCUCAUCACUCGAAGUAGUCAUGUGUGCCGGUACUCCAAUGGCUCCUUCCCAAAUCCAAAAAAUGAACGAAUUUUUCCCGACAGCUGUGACCAUCUUGUGUUGUGGUAUGUCUGAAAUAGGCGUCGUUUCAAGUUUUGACCUGGAACACGAUCGGGAACUCAUAAAACGAAAAUACUCAUCUUGCGGACAUCCCGCCGCUGGGGUACAACUGAAGAUCGUCGACCCAGGCAGCGAAGAACUGCUACCUCCCAACCAAAAGGGUGAAAUUCGCCUUAAAGCUCCAUCAAUGAUGAAAGGGUACUACCGCGGCGACGCUUCUCACGCUUUCGAUAAAGAAGGCUUUCUGAAAACUGGCGAUAUAGGGUACUACGAUGAGGAAGAAUGUGUUUAUGUGAUCGAAAGGAUUAAAGAAAUGUUCAAGUACCAGUCGUGGCAUAUUAUUCCGUCUUCAAUCGAGGUCGUACUGCUGGAGCAUCCGGGGAUUAAAGAGGCGGUUGUGUUCGGGCUUCCGGAAGGCGAAAAUGGGGAAGUACCAGCGGCAUGUGUGGUAUUGAAGGAGGGGUUUACGCUCAGUGGGGAGGAGAUUGAUGUGUUUUUGAAGGAGAGGGUGGUGGAUAGGGAAAGGCUGAGGGGUGGCGUUACUUUCGUGCAGGUUUUGCCGAGGACGCCGACUGGGAAGGUUGUGAGGAAAGAAAUUAGAGAUUUUGUUAUUAAUUCAAAAACUGCUUAAGUUAAUAAUAUACAAUGGUAGCUUGUAACACACAUGUUAAAUAAAAAUACUGUUAUUAUUGUUA